AUGCCGUCGACUGUUGCUCCCGCAUCGGCCGUUACUGGGUCGCUGGACCCGAGCAGCGGCCGGCACAGCGCUACCGUUUUGGAAUUCUUGUGCCUCUUCACGCACGAUCUCCGGAGAAAGCAGAAGAGAUGGCAGGAUGGCCGCCUCAAAUAUCACACCUUUAACAAGCGCGUCAUGGUCUACGAUGACCGUGGCAAUUUCGUGGGAGACAUGCAUUGGAGGGGGAGCGACUUCGACGAGGGCGAGGAAGUUGAGUUGGAACGUGGAGGCAUCAUUGUUCAGGUUGCCGAGUGUGUUGGCCGUCAGAAUCAGGACUUGUCCGAAUUGCUGGACAAGAGGGCCAAGGAGAAGGAACUUCGCCAAGCCCGGGUUGCUAUGCGCUCGUCCCUCUCCGUCCCCUCGCCCCAGACUCCUUCGCCUGCGCCCCAAGUGCGUGACCACUUCCAGACCCGCCAUCUUCCUCUACAUCAGCUCCUCGGCACUCCAACAGGUCACCAUGGUCGUGCUGUUGUUCCGACUGAAUCGCCCUUUGAGCUUCGGCAGAAAGCCAGGGACGCAUCCGGUAAUCAAGCGGACGCCCGGCCAUCAAAAAGGAGGAAGCAUGACACAACACCACCAAGCAAAAUGGGCUAUGCUCAAAGCCUGUUUGGUGCAUCCUUGACUUUGUCUGCGGUGCCUAUGAGCUCUGCUCCUCCACGGCGGUUGGUAGCACCAUCGAAUUCUUCGACCGAGAGGCCCUCCAUCCAAGUGGCUCCCGCUACGCAUGCCCCCCUGGGACGACUUCCGUCUUUAGCAGCUGGGGAGUCCGAUAGGCAUGUCCUAUCUGGCGAGCAAGGAGUGCGGGAACGAGCGAAAGAGCCAUCAAUUUGUCUAGAUAUGGGAAAGGACUCUCCUGGACAGCCUGCAGAUUUGCCGCCCACCAGAGGCCGAAAUCAGGAACAGCGUAGGGACAGGGCCUCCGAAGACAUUGUCAGACCUACAAAGCCUUCCGAACCUGUGUCAAGCAAAACCUGCGUGCCAGCCCUACCAACCACUAUCCAGCCAUCUCCGGGAAUACACGGCAACGGCUCUGGGGUUUCUGGCGCAGCACAAACAGGAACUUCGAGCUCCAGAGCCAUUGUCAUUGACGAAGAUGAAGGGAUGGCGAUGGAAGAGGCUGGCGAAGCUACCAAGGCCCCAGAGAUUGCCGACGGAACUGAGGAACCUCCACUUCCUAUUUCAAUAACCAAAAAGAAGAAACUUGCUAAACGAAGCAGAGUGGCAGAUUUGCCAGCCCGAGUGCCAGUGACUGUGUCAGGUGGAACGAGAAAGAUGACGGAAGACGUCGCCCCACCGAAGGAAGACAGGACUGAACUCCGGCUUCGGCCUCGCCAGAAACGAGGUUUGCUGAUGCUUUCUGAAGAGAAGGACAGUGAUCAGCAGCUCGCGCGUUCUGGUACAAUCGCUACAGAACCAAGUCGAUCCAUCCACGAUCCAGCACCAUCCGUGGAUGAUACUGCUUUAGCGCCUGCACCUCAAGUUCGCACUGAAAAUCCUUACUCUAAGGAUGAGCGGGAGAAUAGGCCACCUUCGCCACAGGUUGAGAGGUCAGUGCAAAGGGGCCGGAUUACGACCACGGCCUUCAAGGAGAAAGAGCAGCAAAUGCAAACAAACCAGGACUCCGAAAACACUUUGGCACGUGUCGCAUCUGAGGGCAGCAGGCGGAGAUCCUCUAGCCAAACCCGCAGGCUCAAAAAUGUCGAUGAACAACGCUCAGCAACCUCAAAACGAAAGACGCAGGCAGAAUCGGAUCGCAGCGAUAGCGAAGAACUGCCUCAGGUCCCAGUUGGUCCACGUCUAGCGAGGCUUAGCAAAAGGAGUGUCAGGAGCAGGGAAGUCAUUGGAUUCGUGCCCUCCAACCCGCCGGUCGCCAAUUUGCCGAAGACAGAUGAGCCGGCCUCGAAGCGGCUGCAGAAGCCUUCCGCACCACGACAAAACCCUCCAUCAGACGAUGUUUCUAAGGGUUCCUCUACCAACCAAGCCGUGGAAGAAGAAGAAAAGCCGAGGGCACAGCAGGUCGGUGAUCCUUCGAGCCACCGAGAACUGGCGUACCAUAAAUCGGCAGCCUUGCCCAGGGGAGGCAUUGGCGAUGAGGAAGCAUUCUCGUUGUCAUCAGUUGCGGCUCCGGAGAAUGCCACCCGGACCGAUAAUGACGAAAUUCCCAAAAUCGUGCGGCUGUGUGUGACCAACGACGAGGAAGUGGCGGCGCAACCGUCACGGUUGCACGAACCGCGCAAUACGUCUAAGCAAGUUGAACACCCAAUGAACGCCACGGGCCAUUCUGGGGUUGACUCGCAUCUAACCGAGAGUGAAAACCAACCGUCUCCCGUUAUUUCACGGCCCGAUACCAUUAUACGGCCCAAAAUCAUGAACCCGGCCACUCGGGGACGCAAGGCUGCGCUCACGUCAGAUGCAGCAGGGCAGGUCCCUCAAUCUAUCCUUCCAACAGAACCUAUCUCUGCGCGCUCGGAUAUGGUACCGCCUGGGGCGAAACGGCCAGACCCCGCCGUUGGUGAAGGUCCGAAGAGAAGGAUGAGAUUUCCCGGCUUCGCGUCAGCUAGGGGCGGAGGUCCUUGGAGCAGGGAGGCGCACGACCUCCUGGAAACUGGCCGCCCCUGUUGA